AUGCCAUCUCAAAACAACCUGGCUACCAGAAUCCUAAGUAAUAAAGUGAAAUACUCAAGGCCUGCUAGCACGGAUGAUGGUUACAUUGACCUUGAGUUUAAGAAAAGUCCUCCUAAGAUCCCACAUAAGGCCAUUUUGCUUGCUACAGUGCUGUUUUUGAUUGGCACCUUUUUCUGUACCAUAGGCUCCCUUCUGCUGCCGGGAUAUAUCAGCCAGGGGGGCAGGGAAGCGGGGGCAGACCCGUGCUCCUGUCCUUGUCAUGGCAUCCUAGUAUUCCUGCCAGGAUUUUCUCACCUUUUCAUUGCCUGCUAUGCAUCCAAAGGCUACUUGGGUUACUCCUGAGAUGACAUUCCAGGCUUUGACGACUAGCACCCACCUCAGCCCUGAGGAGCAGUCAGAUCGGACUGAGCUCAGCUUUAAGAUUUUGAGCAGAAACUAUGGCUAAGGGCCAAGGAAUCCUGUGUUUUGCAGAUGUUUAACAAAAUAAUGGCCAAGUUUUAUGGGUCCACCAUCCUAAAGACAUUAACUGAGCUUACAAUUAGCUAAUUAGGGCACACUCUGUUUUUCAUCUCCUGGCCCUGACUAAAAGCUGACAAAUUUUUCUAAGUGAACUUGUAUCAUGGAAGAAUAGCAAUGUUAAUUGUGAAAAGUGGGUGGUCUAUUCUGUAGUGGAAAGUGUUGCUGCUGCCAUCCUUUUUAGAGGUGAACAUUUAAAAAAUAGUCUGUUGUCAGUUUGUUCUUGUGACAAAUGGAAGAAUUCAGUAUGUCAAAUUUGUUAUUACUAGGUAACUCAUUAUGAAAAUAUCUAAGUGUCUUAUCCUCUAUGCUGUAACUUCAUAUUCUAGUGAAAGACCUCGGCAAAAUCAAAUAUUACUGUAAAUGCAUCUGU